ACGUAUCAGUAUGAUAUUAUAUUGAUAUAACAAAUGUCAAUCAAUCAAAUCACUACUAUAUUUAAAUAAUUGUGUGAUUUGGAAUUCUCUUUAGAGUUGUGACUGGCUGAUUAGCUUUGAAACUAUUAGUUAAUUACAAUUGGUCAGUAGAAAGAUAAUUUAAAAUUACUUGGAUUCGUAUUUUUCUGCAUAGUUUUAGAAUAUCUCAUUUAGAAAAUACACAUAAAACGCCAAUGGAAGAUAUUAUUAAAGAAGCUGAUAAGUUAGUUGCACAAGGUCAAUUUCACAAAGUUUAUCAUUAUCUCAAAGCUUCAUUGAAAAAUUACGAUGAUGUUGAAUUAUUAUGGAGAUUUGCUCAAUCAUGUUAUCUUUGUGUUUAUUAUGUCACAAAUAAACCAUGUAAAGCAUUCUGUGAAACAUAUUUCUCAGAGGGGAUGAAUGCAGCUAAAAAGGCUAUGGAGAAAAACCCUAAUCAUGCUAAUUCCUUAACGUGGUAUGGUAUCUUAUGGGAUGAACACAGUAAUUUGAAAGGUUUCUCAGAAAGAUUCAAGAAUAUCUCACAGUUAUAUGACAUAUGGAUUAAAUCACAAAAGCUUGAUCCGAAUAACUUUUUAACUGAGGGUAGUUUAGGCAUAUGGUAAGUAGUUGCACUUGAAAUGUUUUCUUACAUCCAUACAAGGUAUUUUAUUAUGACAGAUGUGUACAGUACAAAACCAGAACUUUUUAAAGGUACAAAGUAUACUGGGAAGGAAUUCUCUUAUGAAUUGGCAUUAAAACAUAUGCUGAAAUGUGAAGAAUGUAAGUAGAGUAUAGAUAUGCGCACAUAAAAAAUGUUUAUAAUCUUUUCGAUAAGUGAAUAACACAAAUUCUCAUUGAUUUAAUUCUUUUUUUAAAAUUAAAACAUGGAGUGGCUCCUAUGAGAUCUGUAAUAACACUGGCACAUUUGGCUAAAUGUUAUGCACGACUAGGAGAAAAAGACAAAGCGAAAGAUUAUGCUCUUAAAGUACUUAAUUAUCCUGCACAUCAUGUCGAAGCCGAUGAGGCUAGGAAAGAAGUUGAGGAAUUAUUUCAAACACUUAAAUGAUUACAUUGAUAAUGAUAGUAAUUACUGUACUAUAAUGAGGAACGAAUUAUAUUCCAUCACAUUAAAAUUAAUGAAGCGAUUACUAGUACUAACGUAUCAUAGUGUUUCAUGUAUAUGAACAUUCUACAAAUAUAUGUGAUGUGUGUGUAUG